AUGGACCUGUUCUCCGCCGCCUGCGAGAACUUCGGUCUGGUCAUUAACACGCAGAAGACGGUGGUGAUGCACCAUCCGCCACCCAACUCAGCCACAGCCCCCAACGCUUCGCCGCAAAUCAGCGUCAACGGAACCCAACUGCAGGUGGUGGAGAACUUCCCGUACCUGGGCAGCACUCUCUCUCGCAACACCAAGAUCGACGACGAAGUCGCCAACAGGAUCUCGAAAGCCUAUUUGGCCACAUGCGUAUCCACGACGACCUGCGGUAGACAACCGCCGGUCACACCACAAAUUCACUCACUCCCUACCUCCUCCACCACCACCAUCAUCACACCAGAAAUCAACACUCACACACCUCAUGCACCCAACUGCCACCUCCCACGCAAGUGGGAAGUCCGCAUCUCGACUCGGUCCCCAUGCGGCUUCGGCUGCAGGGGUGACUUGAGUCCGAGACUAUCCCGACACGUCAAGCGUCGUGGAUAG